UCUCUCUAUCCCUCCCCGCUAUUAAAUCGGUCGUUUCAUUCCAACCGUGAUCUUCUCCUACCUCAGUCCAGAGUCCAGACUUUUAACUCCAAAAAUGGAUAACUGGUUAUACAUACGCAGAACUUGAACUUGCCGCGGAAGGGUUGUUGCCGCUAGACUAGAAGAGGGAUCUAAGUAAGUAAUUGAGAUAAGUUUUUAUUCUCUGACGUCUCAUUAUCGAAAUUUUUGAAAUCAUUGUUAAGUUUAGGUGCUAGUUUGAUUCUUCUAGAAUCCUAAUUGCAUAUGUUAAACGAGUAGGUGGACUGACCUCAAACAAAGGGAGAAGAAAUGAAGUUGGUUCCAAGAGAGAUUGAGAAGCUUAUGCUGCAUAAUGCUGGGUACCUAGCUCAGAAGCGUCUUGCUCGUGGCCAGAGGCUAAACUAUACUGAAGCUGUAGCACUUAUAGCAAGUCAGAUUUUGGAGUUCAUCCGUGAUGGUAAUAAGAGUGUGGCAGAAUUGAUGGACCUCGGAAGACAGUUGCUAGGAAGGAGGCAAGUUCUUCCAGUGGUUCCUCACCUUUUGCAUAUGGUGCAGGUUGAGGGAACAUUUCCUGAUGGAACAAAGUUAGUCACCAUCCAUGACGCUAUAGCAAGUGAAAAUGGAAAUUUGGCACUAGCUUUGCAUGGUUCUUUUCUUCCAGUUCCUUCCUUGGACAAGUUUCUGCCAGUGGAAGAGGAUAAAAUUCCGGGUGAACUAAAUUUCAGAUGUGGAUCUAUUACGCUCAAUCUUGGUCGGAAAGCAGUGAUCUUGCUUGUUACAAAUGCUGGAGAUAGGCCGAUUCAGGUAGGUAGCCAUUAUCAUUUUAUUGAGGUGAACCCUUGUCUAGUGUUUGACCGAAGGAAAUCAUAUGGUAUGAGAUUGAAUAUCCCAGCAGGAACAGCAACAAGAUUCGAGCCAGGAGAUACUAAGAGUGUUGUUCUGGUAAGUAUUGGGGGACUGAAAGUAAUUAGAGGUGGAAACAAUCUAGUUGAUGGCCCUAUUGAUGAUGCGUCUGUAGCAGCAGUGACUGAAGCUGCACUUACAAAAGAAUUCCGGAACAAAGUUGAACCAAAUGCCAGUGAAGGCAUUAUUGCAGAGAACUCUGCAUUCUCCUAUCGAAUAUCUCGUGAAGCCUAUGCUAAUAUGUAUGGUCCAACAGUUGGUGAUAAGAUUCGCCUUGGUGACACUGAGUUGUUUGCAGAAAUUGAGAAUGAUUUUGCUAUCUACGGCGAUGAAUGUAUAUUUGGAGGUGGAAAAGUUAUUAGAGAUGGGAUGGGACAGGCUUCUGGAUAUCCACCAACUGAGUGUUUGGAUACUGUUGUGACAAAUGCAGUGAUAAUUGACUAUACAGGAAUUUUCAAGGCAGAUAUUGGUAUUAAAAGGGGGAUCAUUGUGUCUCUUGGCAAAGCGGGAAACCCAGAUAUCAUGGAUGGUGUUACACCGAAUAUGAUUAUUGGGGUUAGCACGGAGGUUAUUGCUGGAGAAGGUAUGAUCGUGACAGCAGGGGCUAUAGACUGUCAUGUGCACUUCAUAUGCCCUCAGUUAGCUCAUGAAGCGAUAUCAGGCGGCAUCACAACACUAGUGGGAGGGGGAACAGGACCUGCUGAUGGAACACGUGCUACUACAUGCACACCAGCACCCCACCAUAUGAAGUUAAUGCUGCAAUCAACUGAUGAUUUGCCACUAAAUUUUGGAUUCACGGGCAAGGGUAAUAGUGCAAAACCAGAUGGGAUUCAUGAAAUUAUCCAUGCCGGAGCAAUGGGACUUAAACUUCAUGAAGAUUGGGGAACAACUCCUGCUGCCAUAGACAACUGUUUAAGUGUUGCAGAAUUAUAUGAUGUUCAGGUUAAUAUCCACACGGACACAUUGAAUGAAUCUGGAUUUGUGGAGCAUACAAUUGCAUCAUUUAAAAAUAGAACAAUCCAUACAUAUCACAGUGAGGGGGCAGGCGGUGGUCAUGCACCGGAUAUAAUCAGAGUUUGUGGGUUAAAAAAUGUUCUUCCUUCAUCGACAAACCCAACGCGGCCCUUCACUUCCAAUACCAUUGAUGAGCACCUCGAUAUGCUAAUGGUAUGCCAUCAUCUAGAUAAGGACAUUCCAGAGGAUGUAGCUUUUGCUGAAUCACGUAUCCGGGCUGAAACAAUUGCUGCCGAAGACAUUUUGCAUGACAUGGGAGCAAUUAGUAUUAUAUCUUCUGAUUCCCAAGCCAUGGGACGCAUCGGAGAGGUUAUAACCAGAACAUGGCAAACUGCUCACAAGAUGAAGUUAAUUAGGGGGUCACUAUCCCCAGGAGGAGGAUCAGAGAAUGAUAACCUCAGGAUCAGACGAUAUAUUGCUAAGUACACAAUAAACCCUGCUAUAGCUAAUGGAUUUUCUGAAUUUGUUGGCUCUGUUGAGGUGGGCAAGUUGGCUGACCUUGUAAUGUGGAAACCAUCCUUCUUUGGUGCGAAACCUGAAAUGGUGAUUAAAGGUGGGGAUAUAGCAUGGGCCAAUAUAGGCGAUCCAAAUGCGAGCAUCCCAACUCCUGAACCGGUGAUGAUGAGGCCUAUGUUUGGAGCAUUUGGUAAGGCUGGAAGUGCCAAUUCAAUUGCUUUCGUCAGUAAGGUGGCUAAAGAAAGUGGUGUAAAAAAGGUAUACCAACUGGAGAAGAGGGUGGAAGCAGUAGGGAAUGUUAGGAAGGUGAACAAGCUUGACAUGAAACUAAAUGAUGCACUUCCAAAUAUCACUGUUGAUCCAGAAACAUACACAGUCAAAGCAGAUGGUGUCCCCCUCACCUGUCCCCCAGCAUCAACACUUCCACUUUCUCGCAACUACUUCCUCUUUUAGAAACGUACACAGUCAAAGCAGAUGCUGAAUAAAUGUUGCAAAUUCUUGAGAAAUUUGAAAAUAAAUUGAAGAGGAGAUGAAUGCUCUUAAAUCUUAAUAAACCCAAUGCAGCAUUGAUUAAUAAAUAGUGCUUAUAACUGACAGACUGACAUAGAACAAUGGUUUAGCAAGUUUCCUUAGUGACUUGUUAUUGUUGUUGUACUAUAGCUUUGAAGAAGUGAUGGACUC